AAACUUCCCCACUACUGCAUCACUAAACACAUACGCUUUCCUUCUAACUAUAUGCUUUUUGUCUUUUCUCUUGAAUUGGAGAAGAAACCAUGUGUAUGAAUGCUGCAGAAUGGGAUGAUAUCCCAUCUCAUCCCUCCCACUUUGCCGCAAGAAAACCACAGCCGAGGAGACGUAAGGAUCGGGGGUUCACGAGGAAGAGAAGUAUUGAGGACAAGGGUGAGAAGGAUAUUGAGCUGAAGAACUUGAAGUUGUAUUUGGAGAACCGAACUAUCAUUGAAGAGAAUGAGAAACUGAGGAGGAAGGCCAGCCUUCUCCACCAAGAGAACCUUGCCUUGAUGUCGGAGUUGCAGAAGAAGAAACUUCAUUUCAUAUCUUCUCAUCCCGCUUCGUCUGUGACUCCCUCUAGCUAGCUAGCUCGCUAUGGCUGUUCCAUUUUUCUCCUUCUUAAUUUCUUGGGGAAUAAUAUUAAGUCGAAAUGGGUUUGUCUA